ACAAAGUCUAGUUGUUACUUGCCAGCCCUGCUAGUUUUUUUUAGUUGGCGAUUUCAGACACACACGCAAGUUGUAGUGCUUUUUACGGCUAUUUUGUUUUUUGGAAAUGUCCCACCACAGCGAUGAACAGCUUCUGCAGGCUGGAAGUGAUUCCUUCUGGGAGCCCGGCAAUUACAAACGAACCACCAAACGCAUCGAAGACAGCUACAAACUCUGCAAUGACCUACAGCAACUGAUACAGGAGCGUGCCGAUAUUGAGAAGGGAUAUGCCAAAAGCUUGCGCGCCUGGUCAAAGAAGUGGGGUGAACUCAUUGAGAAAGGACCAGAAUAUGGCACAACGGAGGCAGCUUGGAAGGGUGUAUUAACCGAAGCGGAGCGAUUGUCAGAUGUACACAUGAAGAUCAAGGAUAAUCUGUGCAAUGAUGUCAAUAGUCAGAUUAAGACUUGGCAAAAGGAUAACUUCCAUCACACACUCAUGCAGAUCAAGGAACGCAAAGACAUGGAUGAUCUGUUCAAAAAGGCACAGAAGCCCUGGGCCAAACUGCUGGCCAAAGUGGAGAAGGCCAAAGCAGAUUAUCACGCAGCAUGCAAAACGGAACGUAGCGCCACCAAUCAAGAGCGCAACGCCAAUGCGGACAGCUCGCUGUCACCAGAUCAGGUGAAAAAGAUGCACGAUCGCGUGCAAAAGACCAAAGAUCAAGUUCAAAAGUGCCGCGAGAAAUAUGAGCAGGCCAUUGGCGAAAUAACCAAAUAUAAUUCCGUUUACAUUGAGGAUAUGACAUCCGUAUUUGAGAAGUGCCAAAACAUGGAGAGGACACGUCUGCAGUUCUUCAAAGAAGUGCUAUUUAAUGUGCAUGAGUGUCUCGAUCCAACCAAAGUGCAAAACCUAUCCCAAAUCUAUGAGGAGUUCUAUCAUACAAUCAACAAUGCGGACCAACAAAAGGACUUGAAAUGGUGGUCAAAUAACCAUGGUAUCAAUAUGGCCAUGAACUGGCCUGCAUUUGUGGAAUAUACGGAGGAGUUCCGUGAUAUAGCCAAGGGCAACAAAUCGAAAGAGGCUCUGCCUGCAGCGGCCAUAACGCUCAUCAAUCAACGACCCGUCGCUGAGGAUGUGCAUGAGUACCCUUCUACAAAUAGUCUAAAGAAGAACGCGAGCGUUAACAGCAAAGCGGCGAGCGGCAAGAGCAGCCAGCAGGAACAAGCAUUAAAUCAAACCUCUGCCUCAACAGUCGAAACUAAAUCAACGGUGUCCACAACAUCGGCGGCUGGCGCUGCGACGUCAGCAGCAACGGCAGCGUCAGCGGCGGCGGCGGCUUCAAAUCGCAAUUCGAGCGUAACUAAUGGCAACGGCAAAGUCGACUCAAACCCAUUCGACGAGGAGGAGGAGUGGGAUGAGGCUGACAAUGUGCUGGUCGACAACGGGGAGCCGGGUGUGCCAGUGAAGGCCUUAUAUGACUAUGACGGCGCUGAAAGCGACGAGCUAACAUUCAAGCAAGGUGAUGUCUUUGAGAAACUAGAGGAUGAGGAUGAACAAGGCUGGUGCAAAGGUCGCAUGAAUGGCCGAGUAGGCUUGUAUCCGGCGAACUAUGUGGAAGUAACUAACUCAUAAAUGGUCGAAUUAUCUGAUGACGAGCAGGGCGGGCAGUGGUUAAAUUAAUGUCAUCUACAGACGUUGAGAAUAUUUAGAUACCGAGAAAAUACAUUUAAAGUAUAUAAUGCAGAUUGCGUUUAAAGUAAA